CCCAGGACAUAAGAGCACAUGGGAGAACAAGCCUCAGAGGAAACACAGAGCAAGUCAGACCAUUGGGACCUGUUAACACUCACUUAACCAAAGAUGCUGGGGAAGUCAGAGCCACGUGACGAGGGCAACACCGAGGCCCAGCUGAGCUGCCAAGUGAAGGAACACAACAAUGCCCGGCGGGAGCACUAUUCCGCAGAAUGGCUGGAUACAUCGGUCUUCAGUAGACCAGAGGAGAGCUGCAAUGCACGUGAUGCCAAUGUUUGGAGAAGGGAAAGCUUCAGACAACAAGGCAUGACACAUUUCCUGGUCCAGCGUUCUCCAGCUCAGAUCAUGAGAAUGGGUCGUCUCGGUCACCGCCUUACUCAGUAUCAGUUGCCCUACCAGAGAAUACUGCCACUGCCUAUUUUCAAGCCAGCAGAUCUUUCCACCAAGAUGGAUCGCAUGGCGACACCUCCACAGCUUCGUGGCAUGAUUGACUUCGAGAGAGCCCUCAGCAAUCCAGGCAAUGACGGGUUGUGCCAAGACAAGAUACCAGUCUCUCAAAUCACCAAAGAGUUGCCUCCAGUCAUGCAGCCAGCACGUAUGGAAUUUUCUAAACCCGGCCUGGCAGCUUCCUUCUCCAGAUCAAUGUCUCAAGAAGCUCAGAGGGGCUAAAGGACUAUGAUGGACAUUGGCAUGGGAGAUGUACGAUCUGUAAUAUGUAGGAUGGACAGGUCCGAAUGCAGUUUGUGUCUGCAUUGUGUUUGCACUAGAACCUCGGUUAUUGAAUUUAUGUCCAGCAGCUAAAUGUCCAUUAGCAAAUUAAUUUAUAGACAAAUUGCUCGGAAUAUUAUUAUUUCAUAUCUGUAUCGGGAAAGUAUUGUAUUAAAUGAAUGUAUUGGAUCACCCUCUAGAUGGUGGUGAAGUCCGGCUCUUUUGUGAUCCACCACAAGUGUUAGAAGUCAAUAGACCCCCGAGUCUUGUUUGGUCAGGACGUAGACUGAACAGUGAAAGGUGGAACAUCAUCCAUCUCCUCAUUGUUCUUCAGAUGGUUCUUGGGUUUUGUGUGUAGAAACUGGUGGACAUCUAGGUAUAGCAGAUGGGAGACUGGAAAUGUCAUGUUAGUAGAAAUGGAAAAUGAAUGGACAUUGGGAAAGUAUUAGGCAUGGGGAAGCCCUAACGAAAGAAUAGGUUGUUAUAGCUGGUUCCUGUAGCUUAGGAUCAUGUUAUCUGAACUGUAUCCCAAAGUUUACAAUGCUAUAGGAUAGGAGGUUAUAACUGGUUCAUUGGUUCCUGAAGGAUAUAGUGCUAUAAAUGGUUCCUAAAUAACAAGAUGUUAUAACUGGUUCCUAGAGGUUAGGCUGUUAUUAAUGGUUCCUUUGUUCCUAUAGGACAUGAUGUUAUAACUGGUACCUGAAGGUUAUGGUUCUAUAACUGGUACCUGAAGGAUAUGGUUCUAUAACUGGUUCCUGAAGGAAAUGGUUCUAUAACUGGUUCCUGAAGGUUAUGGUUCUAUAACUGCUUCCUGAAGGUUAUGGUUCUAUAACUGGUUCCUGAAGGAUAUGGUUCUAUAACUGGUUCCUGAAGGAAAUGGUUCUAUAACUGGUUCCUGAAGGCUAUGGUUCUAUAACUGCUUCCUGAAGGUUAUGGUUCUAUAACUGGUUCCUGAAGGCUAUGGUUCUAUAACUGGUUCCUGAAGGUUAUGGUUCUAUAACUGGUUCCGGAAGGAUAUGGUUCUAUAACUGGUUCCUGAAGGAAAUGGUUCUAUAACUGGUUCCUGAAGGCUAUGGUUCUAUAACUGGUUCCUGAAGGCUAUGGUUCUAUAACUGGUUCCGGAAGGAUUUGGUUCUAUAACUGGUUCCUGAAGGUUAUGGUUCUAUAACUGGUUCCGGAAGGCUAUGGUUCUAUAACUGGUUCCGGAAGGAUUUGGUUCUAUAACUGGUACCUGAAGGUUAUGGUUCUAUAACUGGUUCCUGAAGGCUAUGGUUCUAUAACUGGUUCCUGAAGGAUUUGGUUCUAUAACUGGUUCCGGAAGGCUAUGGUUCUAUAACUGGUUCCUGAAGGAUAGAUGCAAUACAUUUUCGCUAAAGAAUAGGAUGUUUUUUGUUGAAAGAUUAUCCAAUAAACUACAGCUUGUUGUUGGUCCCAUUUUAGUUACAGGGGAGUGAGAAAGUAGAAAGGCCUGAUAGAAGGGUCUUUAGACUUUUGGGGGGCACCCCGGGUGGGUGUUUAGUGAAUUCCACCGCCAGUGACUGGUCUGUCAAAUAAAGUAUAAGCUACCAACUGCAAAUCCCUCUGGUUUUUAAAGAGGUUAAUCCUGUGUGACCAUCCACACAGGUAACACGUCGCUUUAGAUAACAAAUACUUUGCACAGUUUUAUAUGUCAUUAUAAGACAAAGUCUAUUUUUCUGUAUUAUAUGUUUGUGUGUAAUGUAGUAAUGAUUGU